AUGGAUGAUAACGAAAUAACCGUUGAUCUUAAUACUAACACUAACGAGAUAACCCAAAAUUUUAUGGAAGACGAAAACAUUGGUGGUUUACCGCGUAGAGAUAUAGAUAAAAAAAGAGAGAACUUUUUAGGGAUAAUAGGAGGAGCGGGAUACAACAUUAAUCACAUCAUCGGUGCUGGGAUUUUUAAUCCUGAUAAUAUAUGGAUUUUAGUUGGAUCACCAGCUAUUAUUUUAGUGUUUUGGAUUUUGGGAGGCAUUAUUAGCUUAAUUGGUACUUUAAUAUAUAUUGAGUUGGGCAUAAGGUCGUUACCUAAGGGAAUAGGUGAACAAAGAUACAUUGAAAAUGCGUUCCCAAGUAAAAAAAAUCUAGGACAUAUAUUUAGUUUCGUUGCAAUAAUUAUAAUUUUGCCCGCAGCCAUAAUAGCUGAUACUUACGCAUGCGCCCAACAUCUGCUCUAUCUUUUUAAUAUAAAUCCUGAUCCUAAAGAAUAUUUUGACAAGGAUUACAUUGCCCUACGUUUAUUGUCAAUUCUUAUUUUGGCAAUUAUUACGGCAUAUAAUAUGUAUUCUAAUAGACUGUCUGUUAUCAUAAAUCAAGUAUUAGUCUUCAUUAAGAUUAUUGCUAUAUUUCUUAUUUCGAUAGUUGGAUUAAUAAAACUAACAGGACCAAAUCCUACAAAUUGGAAUGAGAUUUACAAAUCUCCAAAAACAUAUGUUGGAGCCUAUAGCAGUGGAAUCUUAAAGGUACUAUUUGUAUAUGAAGGAUGGAAUAAUAUAAACUAUACAAUUGAAGAAUUGCAGGAGCCAAAAGAUAAAAAAUUAAUAUAUUCAAACCUUAUUAGUGUUGGUGUCCCCUUUAUACUUUAUUUUCUCAUCAAUGUUGCUUUCACAACAUCACUUGGACAUGAUUUUUUCAUUGAUGAGAGCAGUUUUGAUCAGGCGACUGCUUUUAAUAGCAAUAUUGCUCUACGCUUUGGUUACAAACUCUUUGAUAAUAACGAAAAUGGAGUAAAGUUUAUGUCAGCGAUUAUCGCAAUUUCCGCCUUCGGAUGUGUGGGUGCAAUGGUUUUCGUUUAUGCACGAAUUAUAAAAUAUGCUGCCGCAACAGAGUUCAUACCUAAAUAUUCUCAUAAAUUUGACGACUUCCAUAAGAAGUACGGUACACCAUUUAACGCAUUAUUUGCGCAGUUUAUUUAUUGUUCAGUGUUCCUUCUCUUCUUUUUCGAUCCAGCAAUGGAUCUUUUUGAUUUUUUUGCUGAGACAUCGCAGAUAAUUGCAAUGCUAUUUCAUGGAGCUUCUGCAAUUUGUUUAUUUAUUUUAAAAAAAAAUACUUCAAUAACAUCAACUGACGUCCCUUCUGGGGAGGGUACAGAAGAAAAAAAUAAUAAUGCUUCAAUUACACCUUCUGGAGAGGGUUUAGAAGAAAAAAGAAUUUUUAAAAUACCAAAAUGGGUUAUUGUAAUUUAUUUUAUAUUAGUAAUUUCAAUUGUCGGCACAUCAUUUUGCCCACCUGGACCUGGCUCAUCAGUUUAUGUGUUACCGUAUGUGGUAUCUAUAGCAGCUACACUUUUAGGUGGAAUCAUUUGGAAAUUUCGCAAUUAA